UGCCUAUUUCCAGAUGCAGCGAGGCAAGAGGGAAAACGAAAAACCCGUCCCGCGAGAGACCUUUCCAACCAAAGGGGUUUCACUCCGUCUCUGACUCGGGCAAAGUUACGCCCAUUAUGGGGAAUGAACAGUGCUUUCCUGUACAGCGUGUCGUCAGAGGCUAAUGGAUGAUCCAUCACCUAAACUACACCAGAUCGUUUACCGGUAAAAAUUUUGACGUGUCUAGGCCCGGGAACGGGCCAAACAUCGAACGAACAGGGCAGCGUGCGUCUAUGUAUGCACAUGGGUUCAUUUCCACUCAACGCGGGCCCAUCGUGACCGCAUCGUUUUAUAGGAGGAGGUGACUGGAUCCUUCUCCGAACUGAUCAUCGUUCCCCCUUCAUUCUCUCACAACCAUAGGUCCUGGCACUUUUGGGUGCUCGCCGGUUCCAAAACAACAUGUCAUCGGCAUCUGCAGCGGCAAAAAUGCUUUGUUGCGAUCCUCGUUUAGAGGAUUCGGUCAUCUGGCCGCAAGGCGUCAGAACUCUGGCAGAUCUCUUUCAGUACCAAGUGAACACUCGACCUGAUUCGACACUUCUUUCUUUCCAGACGCCUGGAAAACCUCUCCAAACGUUCACAUAUGGACAGGCGAGGGAUACAGGUCGUCGCGCGGCAUUGGCCUUGAACCAAACAAUAAUUUCAACCGCCACUUCUAGCACUGCUGUCCGUCAAGCACCAGUCUGUGGGUUAUGGUUCGAAAAGUCUCUGGAACUCCAUCUGGCCAUGUUUGCAGUGGUCCAGAGCGGAUGUACAUGGCUUGGCUUCGACCCCAACGCGCCUACGAGCCGAGUCAGCGUUUGCCUCGAAGACAGUCAAGCCUCCGUCAUCAUCUGCGAUCAGGAACAUCAUGCUCGAGCACUCGAAGCUGCAAGAGGUGCCAAAGGCGUACAAGUCAUCGUCAAGACUUGGUCAGAGCUUGUCGAUCAGAGGGUCGACUCGGAAGACACUCUCCCAACCGUUCAACCGGGAGAUGCUGCUUAUUUGAUCUACACGUCGGGCUCGACAGGUACACCGAAAGGAAUCAGCAUAUCUCAUUCAGCCGCGGUUACCUUUGCCCUGAGCGAGAGGACCAUCCUUGGCACGAGCCCGAGUGAUACAGUCUGGCAAGGAUUCUCUCCUGCGUUUGACAUGUUCAUCGAGGAAGUAUGGGUCAGUAUAGCUGGAGGAGCACAAUUAGCCGUUGGAACGCGCGCUGAAUGUCAAAAUGUUCCUGGCCUGGGCGGGAAAGAUGGUGUCUGGAGCCGUCGCGGUGUCACAUUGGUCAAUGCCGUUCCAACCUUGAUCAGUAUUAUGACUGCCCUCGACUCUGACGAUAUGGUCAUUCCGGAAGCUGUCCGCCUCGUGAAUCUCGGUGGAGAAGCCUGCCCUCCAGCACUCGUACAACGGCUCUGGCGACCUUCAUUGACCAUUGUCAAUACCUACGGCCCAUCCGAGACGACAGUCACCGCCACGUACGCCAUAUUGAAACCCGAUGAGCCGAUCACCAUUGGCCGUCCCCUACCGUUCUACCACGCAGUCCUUUUGCCCAUCAGCGAAGACGAUGAGCCCCUAGGAGCCAAGCCAAUCCCAAUGGGUAUCUCUACCGGAACCGAAGGCGAACUCUGCAUUGGUGGCUCGUGUCUUGGAAAUGGCUAUGUCAACCGGGACGAACUGACCAGUCAAAAAUUCAUCGCUCACCCUUUGAUCCCCGGCGAGAAACUGUAUCGUACCGGUGACCGAGUACGAAUUGGACCACAAGGCGACAUUCAAUUCCUUGGUAGAAUCGACGCUCAAAUCAAACAUCGAGGAUUCCGUAUCGAACUCGGGGAGAUAGAGAAUGUCCUGACAUCCAGCGACAUCGUCAAGACUGCAGCUGUCAUCUGCACAGAGCCUGGAACUGAAGAUGCCAAGCUGGAAGCGUUUGUGGUUUGUACAAUGCCUCGAGAUGAACUCGACGCUGGCAAGACAAUCUCUUCACUUCGAGAAACUCUAGGUGGAUUACCAUCUUACAUGCAACCCGAAAUCUUCACUCUCCUUGAUGCCGAUGAAAUGCCUCGACUCCCAAGUGGUAAAAUCAACGCCAAAGCAUUACAUCAAUUGGCACGGAACCGAGUGGAGCUGGAAGCACCCUCAGAGACGACAGUAUGCGACGGCAAUGAUUCUAUGACCGAUGUGGAAGACAAAGGCGAGGUACUCCAAAUCAUGAUGAAGGAAUUGGCGGGCAUGUUUCCUCAGCAGAGCAAACAAGGUCGCCUUCUCCCUUCCUCUGACUUUUUCCUCGACCUGGGAGGACACAGUCUUACCGCAGCUAUCCUCGUUUCGAAACUGAGAAAUAGCGGAAAAGGAACGGGCCUCGAAGGGAUCGGUCUUCAGCAAAUCUACGAGCUUCGAACUCCCGCCGCUAUCUGCAGAUACAUUGACGAGGAGGCUAGCGAGCCUGGAACGCCAAGAUUCAGCAUGACCGAGAGCGAUGUGGUGGAUGACGAUUAUCGGGAACUGGACGAAUCCCUCAUCCCGACCUGGAAAUACGUUACUUGUGCCAUCUGUCAGAUCCCAGCAUUGGCCAUCUUGUUCCUCAUUCAAGGUCUAUCCUUCAUGGCGCCAUACAUGGUCUUUGACAAAGUGCACAAAAUUUCCAACGUGGGUUGGGCCCUCGCUUGUGCCUAUGGAGUCUUCGUUGUCGUUCCGUGGGUUAUAACGUGCAUGGGAAUCAUCGGAGUUCGCGCCCUUCUACCCGUUGUCAAACCCGGUCGAUACCCCCUCUACGGACAAUUCUACUUUCGUUGGUGGUUCGCUAAAAAGUUUCUCGGAUUCAUCGAUCAAUCGACGGUCGGAGAAACUGGCUUGUAUCCUGCUCUUCUUCGCGCGCUCGGUGCCAAAGUCGGUCAUUUCUGCCACAUUGCUCCUCUGGCCACAGGACCCGCUAUGAGCUUGCUUUCUAUCGGUAACGAUGUCGUUAUCGGCAAAGAUGUCAUGUUUGCUUUCGAGACCGUCGGUCAAGGGUACCUUCAACUGGAUCGUAUUGUUGUGGAAGACGAGGUCCUCAUUGAAUCCCGAACGGUCGUCGAAGGGGGCGUGGUGUUGGAAGCUGGAUCAGAACUCGGUCCCAUGUCCAUGGUCCCGCAAGGUACACGUAUCGCCCGAACUACCAGAUGGACAGGUUCUCCAGUUCGUUUCGAAGGUAUGGCUGCCGAGCCUUUCCAGGGGAAACCAACGCGGCCUUCCAUGUUCCGAUACAUGGCCUGCAAUGUCACCUACCUUUUCUUGUCGACUUUCAUCCUUCCGCUCCUCUAUUACAUCCCUCAAGUCCCGAGCAUUCUCCUAUUCGAGGUUCUCUCCCUGCGACACGAAGGUAUCAAUCCGUGGAAGCGCACUGCGAUCGUGUCUUUCCCCGCAUCACUCGCAUACAUUAUCGCCGUCAUUGCCGAAGUAAUCAUCCUGCGGUGGUUGGUUCUUGGUCGUGUCAAAGCUGGCACUUACAAAGUCGCCUCUUUCUACAUGAUCAGGAUUUGGAUUGUCGAUCGACUCAUGGACAUGUCACUUGCGAUCCUUCACCCGAUCUUUGCAUCUCUAUACGUUGUGCCAUUCCUCAGGGCUCUUGGAACGAAAAUUGGACGUCGAGCUGAAGUCUCCACCGCUCAAGGCAUGAACUUCGAUCUCGUCGAUAUUGGAGACGAGGCUUUCGUGGCUGAUACUGUUCUCCUUGGCGAGAGCAAUAUCUUCAAGAACGAGUUGACACUCGAGAUGACUCGGCUAGACUCUCGGGCUUUCGCUGGAAAUGGAUCAUUGAUUCCUCAAGGUACUGUCCUCGAGUCGAACACUCUCGUCGGUGUCAUGUCGAUCCCGCCUCAAACCGACAAAUGUGGAGUGUAUCAUCUGCCAGCAGGUCAAAGCUGUUUCGGAAGCCCACCUGUCGUCAUGCCUAACCGUCAAGCGCCUACUACAUGCCACGCCGAUAACUUCCUCUUCAACCCGAAACCCAGCCAAAUCGCCAUGAGAGCUUUCAUCGAGUUCAUCAGAUUAUGGCUACCUCGACUCAUCAUCAUUCUCGGUAUCGGUUUCACUCUCAAGUUCUGGGAAGAAGCCAAUCGACAUCAUCACAUUGGUGUCGCUCGUGGCAUCUUCCUUUUCCCCGUCUUUUACCUCUUCCUCUUCUGCAUGCCCGCUCUCAUCUUUACUUUGCUCCUCAAGUGGUGCUUCGUUGGCGAAUACUAUACCGUUGAGUGGCCCCUAUGGAGUUUACAAGUUUGGCUCUCGGAAGCAGUCACUUCUAUAUACGAGUCGCUCCUCACACCUUUGUUUAUGGAUCUGUUCCUCGGAACACCCUACUGCGCCAUGGUGCUCAGAUUGUUCGGUACUCGAAUCGGUAAAAAGGUCACUUUGUUGUCUUUGGACAUCACCGAAUUUGACAUGGUAUCCCUGGGUGAUGAGAGUGUCCUCAAUGCUCAAUCUGGACCUCAGACUCACCUGUUCGAAGAUCGGAUCAUGAAGGUCGGACACGUCCACUUGGAAGCUCAUUCCGUCCUCAAGACCGCCUCCACGUGUCUUCCGGGCAGUACCAUCGGUGCAGGAUCUACGGUUGGAUCCCUCUCACUCGUCAUGAAGGGCGAGGUGGUCCCUCCGAAUCAAGUUUGGGAAGGAGCACCUAUCAGGCGUAGAACGGGACGAGCAGGUCCCAGCAAGAAAUAGAACGCUAGAAUCGCAAGGCACGAAAUCAUCAUCAGAUUCAAUCCAUCAUGCUUCUUCCCUACACAUAUGCUCAUCCAAUCAUGUUGUCUGUUUGUAACUCUAGUCAUCCAUGUAUGCUAUGCCGAUUAUGAACGACGCCGCGCUGGUCAUGCCACGAGCAUUGUAUUAUAAAUGGGAUGUGGGGUCCAUCCAUUGAGGCGGAGAUUUAGAGUUUCGGUACCUGAUUCAGAUGCGCGCCAAAUCUCAACGAUCCCAUCCCAUUAUCUCGAGCAAUGGGGCAUGAAUACUUAUUCGCGAUGAAUAGAACCACCAGACAGCCCCUAAAAGUCCCUAUAGCGAUCCCUGUGAGGUUGACAACCUCCUUGUAAGUGUUAGUUG